AUGGUUAACGUUCCAAAGACCAGAAAGACUUACUGCAAAGGUAAGAGCUGUCGUAAGCACACUCAACACAAGGUCACCCAGUACAAGGCUGGUAAGGCCUCCUUGUUUGCCCAAGGUAAGAGAAGAUAUGACCGUAAGCAAUGUGGUUAUGGUGGUCAAACAAAGCAAAUUUUCCAUAAGAAGGCCAAGACUACCAAGAAGGUUGUUUUGAGAUUGGAAUGUGUCAACUGUAAGACCAAGGCCCAAUUGCCAUUGAAGAGAUGCAAGCACUUUGAGUUGGGUGGUGAAAAGAAGCAAAAGGGUCAAGCUUUGCAAUUCUGA